CAGUUUCAUUCAUCAUCAUAUUCAUUGACGAAAACACCCUUUUGCUUCUCUCUCUUUGUCUCUUUUGCAUGUUGUGAUUUGCUUUUUUUUUGCUUCACAACAACAUGGGAGCUUUAGUAAUCUUCUCGGUUCUUGUGGUAGUUCAGCUCAUAGUGUUCUCCGUUUGCGUUCAAGGCAGUUACCGUCGUGGCGGUGGCCAUCAUCCCGGUGGUCAUAUGGGACCUUGGACUAAUGCUCAUGCUACUUUUUACGGUGGUGGUGAUGCUUCCGGCACUAUGGGUGGAGCAUGCGGCUAUGGGAACUUAUACAGCACAGGUUACGGACUAGAGACGGCAGCAUUAAGCACAUCGUUAUUCGAUCAAGGACUUAGCUGUGGAGCAUGUUUUGAGCUGAUGUGUGUCAAUGAUCCUCAAUGGUGCAUCAAAGGCCGAUCCAUUGUGGUCACUGCCACUAACUUUUGUCCUCCUGGUGGUGCAUGCGACCCUCCAAACCACCAUUUCGAUCUUUCUCAGCCGAUCUACGAGAAAAUCGCGCUGUACAAGUCCGGUAUCAUCCCUGUUAUGUAUAGAAGGGUUCGGUGCAAGAGAAGUGGUGGGAUAAGGUUCACUAUCAAUGGCCAUUCAUACUUUAACUUGGUCCUGGUCACGAACGUGGGUGGAGCCGGAGAUGUACACUCGGUUUCGAUGAAAGGGUCGAGGACAAGAUGGCAAUUAAUGUCAAGAAAUUGGGGGCAGAAUUGGCAAAGCAACUCUUAUCUCAAUGGUCAAAGUCUGUCGUUUGUUGUUACUACAAGUGAUCGUCGAAGUGUCGUCUCGUACAAUGUUGCACCUUCUAGUUGGUCCUUUGGCCAAACCUAUACCGGAGGGCAGUUUCGGUAUUAGUUAUAUAUAACGGGUUUCGGUUUCGAUUUCGGUUCGGUUCGGUUCGGGUUUGGUUUAUGUAAUGUUUUUUCCUUUUUUUUUUCGGUUUCAAGUUGGGGACUUUUUUUUGGGUAACCAAUUGAGAUUGGGACUGAUAGUGAUAUGUAGCGAAUAUGUGUGGGAACGAGAAAAAAAAAAGAGAAAUAUAAUUCUCGUUUUAUUAUGUAUGAAAAUGAAAAGUGAUGUUAUGUAUUUGCUUUAACUAAUUUGUAUUUUUAUACUAAAGUGAAAAUUUCAUAUUAUAUAUA